GUUUUAGAGACCUACAUGUUUCACUCUUUUCUUAAAGCUCGUCUGAACAGAAAGAUGGAUGCUUUUGCUCGACUUGAGUUGAGUACCCAGUCUGAAGAGGAUAGAUUAAACUUGAUGUUUCAUGCCCCAAGAAGGCUGACUAUGGAGAAAAUGGCUUCUAAACGAUUUAAUUCACAGUACAUGAUUAGUAGGCGUAUGGUAAUCAGCAUGCCUAAUCUGCAAGAUAUCAAGCUGCCAGAGGGCCCUACUAGAAAUUCCUCGCUUCGAAGAAUCGAAACAGGCAUUGCUGUGAAAAUGCCCUCCAAAUCAGUCAGUACAUUCAAAAUCCCAGAAAUUCACUUUCCUCUGAUGUUCCAGUGUGUUCACUCCUACUAUACAGACUUCUUCAACCAUCUCAGCAAAGCUAUAAAUACCUUACCACCUGAUAACUCAGCAUUGCUGGCAAGGUACUUCUACCUCCGGGGACUUAUUAGCUUGAUGCAAGGGAAGCUACUAAAUGCACUUUCUGACUUUCAGAACCUAGAUAAAACAGACUUAAGAAUUUUCCCUACUGAUCUUGUAAGAAAAAUAGUGGAAACCAUGCCUCCUCCUGAGCGUUUGCAAGCAGACCGCAAACCUGAGCUGAAGAAGCUGAUAAGUAGAGUGAUGGAAAAACAAAGAGAAGUUAUGAAAAUAGAUGACCAUGUAAAAAAUUUUGAAUUGCCGAAAACACACAUGCAACUGGAUGAUUUUGUGAAACGAAUCCAGGAAUCUGGGAUUGUCAAAGAUAUAGAUACUAUACAUCGGUUAUUUGAUGCCUUAACAGUAGGACAUCAGAAACAAAUUGAUCCUGAAACAUUCAGAGAUUUCUACAACUACUGGAAAGAAACGGAAGCAGAAGCUCAAGAGGUGAAUCUGCCACCAGCAGUAAUAGAGCAUCUAGAUAAAAAUGAAUGUGUCUACAAGUUAUCCUGCUCAGUUAAAACUAACUAUGGUGUAGGAAAAAUAGCUCUGACCCAAAAGCGCUUGUUCCUUUUGACUGAAGGAGGACAUCCUGGCUAUGUCCAGAUUGCUGCUUUCAGGGAUAUAGAGGAUGUUAAGAGCACGACUGUAGCUUUCCUUCUUUUGAGAAUACCUACUCUGAGGAUUAAAACAUUAUCUAAAAAAGAAGUCUUUGAAGCUAACCUUAAAACUGAGUGUGAUCUCUGGUACCUGAUAGUGAAAGAGAUGUGGGCUGGAAAGAAAAUGGCAGAUGAUCACAAGGAUCCUCAGUAUAUUCAGCAAGCACUGACAAAUGUUCUCCUGAUGGAUGCUGUGGUUGGUGCCCUGCAGUCCUCCAAAACCAUAUAUGCAGCCUCUAAACUGUCUUAUUUUGACAGGAUGAAAAAUGAAGUGCCUAUGAUGGUCCCCAAAACAACUUCAGAGACAUUAAAGCACAAGAUCAACCCCUCAGCUGGUGAGACAUUUCCACAGGCAAUAGAUGUCUUGCUUUAUACGCCAGGGCAUCUUGACCCUUCAGAAAGACCUGGCAAUGCUCAUCCGAAGCUAUGGUGUGCUUUAAAUGAGGGGAAAGUGGUGGUCUUUGAUGCAUCUACCUGGUCUAUUCAACAACACUGUUUCAAAAUGGGCCGCUCUAAACUGACUUGUAUGAUCAUGGUAGAACAGAGUCAAGUGUGGAUCGGUUCUCAAGACUCCAUUAUUUAUAUAAUCAACACCCACAGUAUGUCUUGUAAUAAGCAACUAAAUGAUCAUCGUUCUGAUGUUACAGACAUCAUUGUGGAGAAGAAUAAUGGAAUACCCAGUGAAGCGUACUCAAGCAGUUUAGAUGGAACAGUGAUUGCUUGGAACAUCAGCACUCUGAAAGUUAACCGUGUCUUUCAGCUGCCCUGCCAAAAUCUCACUUCUAUCAAGCUUCAUAAUGACCAACUGUGGUGCUGUACUGGAAGUUGCAUACUUGUAGUGUCAACUCAUGAAUUUCGACUACAGAUGAAAAUUGAGCAUCACCUGAAGGAUGUGUGUUCCUAUUUUCUCUGCUUCCAGCUGUUCCCUGAGAGAGACGAAGUGUGGGCCUCUUAUUCAGGGAGCAGUGACCUGUAUAUUUGGAACACCAAAGACUUUUCAAGUACACCUCAAAAGAUUCAUCUUCAAGAUUGCUCUGAGAUUACUUGUAUGAUAAGAGUUAAAAAUCAGAUGUGGGUUGGCAGCAGUGGAAGAUUGCAAGGCAAAAGCAAAGGGAAGAUCUAUGUGAUCAGUGCUGAGAAGAAGAUUGUGGAGAAAGAGUUGGUUGGUCAUGCUGAUACAGUAAAGGCGCUGUGCUCGGCAGAGGACAGAUACGUCCUCAGUGGCUCUGGAAAGGAAGAAGGGAAGAUUGCCAUUUGGAAAGCUGAAUAG